GCUGGAGCGGACAGGACGGCUUCCGGGAAUUGGCGGGGCCUUUGUCUCCUGCCUCAGCCGGAGCUCCGGAGCUCCGGGUCUCGUCUUUAUUGCUCUGUGUCCUCUGCUCCUAGAGGUUCAGCCUCUGUGGCCCCGUUACCUGCAGGUAUUGGGAGAUCCACAGCUAAGACGCCAGGACUCCCUGGAAGCCUGGAAAUGGGACCACUGACAUUUAGGGAUGUGGCCAUAGAAUUCUCUCUGGAGGAGUGGCAAUGCCUGGACACUUCACAGCAGAAUUUGUAUAGGAAUGUGAUGUUAGAUAACUACAGAAACCUGGUCUUCCUGGGUAUUGCUGUCUCCAAGCCAGACCUGAUCAUUUGUCUGGAGCAAGGAAAAGAGCCCUGCAAUAUGAAGAGACAUGCGAUGGUAGCCAAACCCCCAGUUGCAUGUUCUCAUUUUGCCCAAGACCUUUUGCCAAAGCAGGGCUUAAAAGAUUCUUUUCAAAAAGUGAUCCUGAGAAGAUAUGGAAAAUAUGGACAUGAAAAUUUACAAUUAAGAAAAGACUGUAAAAGUGUGCAUGAGCAUAAGGUGCACAAAAGAGGUUAUAAUGGACUUAACCAAUGUUUGACAACUACCCAGAGCAAAAUAUUUCAAUGUGAUAAAUAUGUUAAAGUUCUUCAUAAAUUCUCAAAUUCAAGUAGACACAAGAAAAGACAUACUGGAAAGAAACCUUUCAAAUAUAAAGAAUGUGGCAAAUCAUGUUGCAUACUUUCACAACUAACUCAGCAUAAGGAAACUGCUACUAGAGGGAAUUUCUACAAAUGUAAAACAUGUGGCAAAGCCUUUAACCAGUCCUUAACUCUUACUAAACAUAAAAAAAUUCAUACUGAAGAGAAACCUUACAAAUGUGAAGAUUGUGGCAAAGUCUUUAGUGUAUUUUCAAUCCUUACUAAACAUAAGAUAAUUCAUACAGGAACAAAACCCUACAAUUGUGAAGAAUGUGGCAAAGGCUUUAGUAUAUUCUCAACCCUUACUAAACAUAAGAUAAUUCAUACUGGAGAGAAGCCCUACAAAUGCAAUGAAUGUGGUAAAGCCUUUAACUGGUCCUCAACUCUUACUAAACAUAAGAGAAUUCAUACUGGAGAGAAACCCUACAAAUGCAAUGAAUGUGGUAAAGCCUUUAACCAGUCCUCAACCCUUACUAGACAUAAGAUAGUUCAUACCGGAGAGAAACCCUACAAAUGUGAAGAAUGUGGUAAAGCCUUUAAACGGUCCACAACUCUUACUAAACAUAAGAGAAUUUAUACUAAAGAGAAACCAUACAAAUGUGAAGAAUGUGGAAAAGCCUUUAGUGUAUUCUCAACCCUUACUAAACAUAAGAUAAUUCAUACUGGAGCAAAACCCUACAAAUGUGAAGAAUGUGGCAGCGCCUUUAGGGCAUUCUCAACCCUUACUGAACAUAAGAGAGUUCAUACUGGAGAGAAACCUUACAAAUGUAAUGAAUGUGGCAGAGCCUUUAACUGGUCCUCAACUCUUACUAAACAUAAGAGAAUUCAUACUGGAGAGAAACCCUACAAAUGUGAAGAAUGUGGCAAAGCUUUUAACCGGUCCUCAAACCUUACCCGACAUAAGAAAAUUCAUACUGGACAGAAACCAUACAAACCUAAAAGACAUGACAGUGCUUUUGACAACACCUCAAACUUUUCUAGACAUAAAAGAAAUCAUACUGGUGAGAAAUCCUAGAAAUGUGAAGAAUGUGACAAAGCCUUUAAGUGGUUGUCACACUUGAUUGUAUGUAAGAUGAUUCAUACUGGAGAAAACUCCGAGAAGUGUGACAGAUGUGACAAAACAAUUCUCAUACCUUAUUGCACAGGAAAGCAUUUAUACUUGAGAAAAAUUGUAUAAAGAAUGGAAAAGUCAUUAAUAUCUGCUCAUAUCUUACUCAACAUCAGAAAGUUAGUACUUAAUAAAAGCGUUAUCAAUAAAAUUACUGUCAAAAGAUCUUUCAGACAAUAUAAGCCUGUAAAGUGCAGCAGAGUAUUUUGAAGAGAAACAUUAAAAAUACGAAGAGGUUUGUAGUACCUUUGCUUGUAUCAUAGCUCUUACUGUACACAUUUUGUACUAGAGAAAAACCCUGAAGCUGUUGUUCAAACUUUGUUCAAUACCAGGAAAUUUAUGUUGGAGAAAAACCCUAUGAGUGUAAUGAAUUUGGAAAAAUACUUUUUCAACAACAGCUUAGAAAACAUGAGAGGAAUUAUACUAAAAUAUAUUUUUGCAAAUGCAACAGUAAAUAUGAAAUACAUGAUCCAAAAUUAGGUUUAUAUAAAUAUCAGAGAAUUCACAGUACAGAUAUCUUAAGAUACUGACACUUCAGACAUUACACAAAAUCAGAGUGCUGAGUACAGAAAGUUAUCCAAAACACAAGUUGGUAGAUAACUAAUAGUGAAAAAGUUUUUUGCAGAGGUAUAUUUACAUUCAAAGUACACUGUUUUCUUUGGAAAAAAUUACAGGUUUUUUGAAAAGUGAAUAAUGAUAUAAUUCAACUCUCAAAUCCAUGUUUUUUGGUCUUUUUUGGACGGAGUUUCGCUCUUGUUGCCCAGGCUGGAGUGCAAUGGCGUGAUCUCAGCUCACUGCAAUCUCCGCCUCCUGGGUUCAAGUGAUUCUCCUGCCUCAGUCUCCCAAGUAGCUGGGAUUACAGGCAUGUGCCACCACGCCCGGCUAAUUUUGUAUUUUUAGUAGAGACAGGGUUUCUCCAUGUUGGUCAGGCUGCUCUCGAACUCCCGACCUCAGGUGAUCUGCCUGCGUCAGCCUCCCAAAAUGCUGGGAUUACAGGCAUGAGCCACCACACCUGGUCCAUGCUUUUCUUCAUUCCGAUUGUAUUCACAUGUGAAAGCAUGUGAUCAACUGUUGUUGCAUCAAAGAUAUGAGAGAUUUUUUUUUAUUAGAUGGGCAUUAUUUAUGACCUUUUUAAUGGAAGAGUAAGAACAUUAAAAUGAAAGACACAUGAUGAAAAUCUAAGUAGAGAGGCUCUUGUGGUUAACUGAUAAUAUUGAGCCAUGCAUGAGGUAGGUGGUCAGAGUAAUAUUCUGCAUUAUAGUGAAAAGUUUUUAAAUUUUAGUUAAAAUUCAGUAUUUUAUGAAUUGUGCUUUUCAUAAUAAAAUACAGUACAUUUCAAAAUUUUUAGAUUAUGUAUGAACUUAGAUUUUUAAACAUAUUUUAACAUGUUAAGACUGUUGUGUAUUCAGUGAAGCAUUUUUAUGCCACAAACUUUAACUUGCCCCACCUUACUCAAUGGCGUAGGUAAAAGAUGAUGAUAGCAAUAUACUAUUUGGUUACAUAGUGGACUAACAUCUUUAGUAAUCUCUUUUGCCAGUGGCUUUAAACUGCAAAUAAGUCAAAGAAUAUUCCCAUAGGUUUUACAUUUAUAUUUUUUCUUAUUUAAAUUUAUCGUUCUUAUUUUUCAUGGGUACAUAGUAUGUUUUUAUAUUUAUGCCAUAUAUGGCAUGUUUUGAUACAGGUAUAUAAUAUGUAAUAAUCACAUCAGGGUAAAUGAGGUAUCCAUUACUAGCAUUUAUCCUUUGUAUUACAAACUGUUCAGUUCUAUACUUUUAAAAUGUACAACUAAAUUGUUGUGGACUACAGGGUUAUUUUUAUGGUCAUAAUAAAAAUUAUAAAAGUAUAAAUAAAA